AUCGCGAGAGUCAGGUGACCUGGCAACGCAUACUCUGCAGGCAUGGCGGCGCCCUGUGAUUACAAACACGACGCGCGAGUUUCUGUGUAUUGUAGGUAGAACGCAACGCGUUUAUAGUUGAGAUGCUCGGAAACUUUAAUCUGAAUUUAGUAAAACGCAUGCAAUGAGGAAUUUUAUCUGACUUGUAAGAUCCAGAGCACAAGACACGACUGAUACGAAUUAAAGAAACAACAGGGUCUACACUUUGACAUGUCAACAAUACACGCAUUAAAAUUGUGUGAAAAAAAAAAGAAAAAGAAAAGCUUACAGCGGCACGAGUCGUGACUGUCAUGUUAGCCUGAUGGGACCAAACUUCCUCUGCCACUGAACACAGAGAUACCUCUGAAAACGGGAUGUCCGGUGCAGCUCAGAGCAGUGAUGGUGGUGCAGGACAGGACGCAGAAGCUGAUGGAGAACCUCCUCAUGAAGCUUAUCAUCAGGGAGAGGUGGAAGGGGAAGAGGAAGAGGAAGCAGCACCAGCAGCAAAACAGCCUCGACUGGAGCAGGAAGAUGUAGGUCUUGAUUUACAAAUGAUACAGACGCCUGUGGUGCCUUCAGCGGACACAUGUGGGAGCCAAGGUACAGCUGGGACUUUAGAGGAAGUUGCCUGUCAUCAGACUGAUGAUACAGGACAGGCUAUGGGACCUGAGGAAGUUGAAGGAGACGUGGAAUGGCAUCAAAACGGAGCAGAGAACAGAGAAACGCUCAGACCGAAUGAGGAGGACAGAGCAGAUGAGCCUGAGAAGAACGAUUCAGAAGACAAGUCUGCUGAGCAACGCUAUCAAGGCCUCGACUUCAGCCAGAACCCUCAGAUGUUGACAGGCUCCUGGGCCGAGUACACUCGCACCGCUGAGAAUUACCUCAGAGGCUGCAAAUGGGCUCCGGAUGGUUCCUGCAUUGUCUCAAACAGCGCUGAUAAUGUUCUUCGUGUGUAUAACCUCCCGCCUGAGCUGUACAGCAGCCAAUGGGAUAUGCUUUCUGAAAUGAGUCCAGUGCUGAAGAUGGCAGAAGGAGACACCAUCUAUGACUACUGCUGGUUCCCUAAGAUGACUUCUAUGGACCCAGACACAUGCUUCAUUGCCAGCAGUAGCCGAGACAACCCUGUCCACAUAUGGGACGCAUUUUACGGUGACCUCCGAGCAUCUUUUCGACCCUACAACCACCUGGAUGAGCUGACAGCGGCCCAUUCACUGUGUUUCUCUCCUGACGGCUCUCAGCUCUACUGCGGCUUUGACAAAAUCGUCAGGGUCUUCCACACCGACCGUCCUGGGAGAGACUGCGAGCAGAGGCCCACCAUGGUCAAGAAACAGGGUCAGACUGGCAUUAUCUCCUGUAUUGCCUUCAGUUCGUGCCAGUCCAUGUACGCCUGUGGGUCGUACUCUCGUUCGGCCGGCCUCUACUCCUGUGAGGACGGUUCUCUGCUGGCUCUGCUGCCCGCUCGACACCAAGGAGGCCUUACGCACCUGCUGUUCUCACCCAACGGCUAUCACCUAUACACGGGCGGCCGCAAGGAUUCAGAGAUCCUGUGCUGGGACCUCAGAGAUCCGAGACACGUUCUGUUCUCCAUGCACAGGAACAUCAAUACAAACCAACGUAUCUACUUUGACCUGGACCAAUCUGGCCGAUAUCUAUUGAGUGGGGACACAGAUGGUGUGGUGUCAGUGUGGGACACCCUCACAGCGCCACCUGAUGGGAACGAGGAGCCACUACAACCUCUGCUGCAGUUUCAGGCGCACACUGAUUGUACUAAUGGCAUCAGCGUGCACCCUUUCAUGCCAUUGGUGGCUUCGUCCAGUGGUCAGCGUAAGUUCUGCUGGUCGUCUGACUGUGAGGAGUCUGAGUCUGAUUCAGACGAGGGGAAUGUGAUGUCAUCAAAUGGCGUCCGACAGGACAACGCUCUGGUGCUGUGGUGGGCUGGCCCAUUGGGCUCAACCAAUGAGAGGGGGCAGGAGGAGGAGCCAGCAAUUAUUGAGAGCUAGAUCUUUUGAUUGUAAAACUGCACUCCUGACGACCCAUAAUCUACUGCCAAACCUAUAAUGAUUGUUUAGGUGAAGAGUGGUAAGAUUGUAAUUCUGCAUCAAUUUUAAUUGUAGAAUAGUCCCUUUUUUUAAAUCCUCCAGGCUUUUUGGAAUGUGUAAAAGUCAAGACUGAAAUCCUCCAAAAUCCAUUGAAUUUAAACCGGUUCUGACAGCAAAUUAUGAUUCAGAUCACCUGGAACACUGAUCUGAAAUAUGAAUAAUUCAUUCAUAGAUUUCAUUUUGUUUGGACGGGUACCUAAAUUGAUGUUUACGUUGUUUACCAGCAAUGCUUUCAGGAUGCCCUGUCGUCACUGGAGUGUGAUGCCUCUCAGGUUUCCGAUGCAGCAGUGCAGCCUUUCCGAUUUGCAUUGGGUUUGUUUUCCUUUCACCAUGUAAAGCUGGUUUUCAGGAAACACGUUGAGCCUUGUCUAGGACUUACUUUAAGGACUGUCAGUGAACGCAGAAGAGUUAUUUCAGGAGCAGGUUUAAUCCCUGUAUGUGAUGAUUUUGACUAUGGGAAGGCUGUGUGAUGGACUGAGACGGUUUAUCUUAUGUUAAAUGUGCCAUAGAGCUACAGUGGGCAGCUGUGAAUAUAUUUUUGUAAGCCAGUAAUCUGCUUCAUUGUGUGUGAAUGUGGUUGUUUUCCUGCCUCACAGUGGGCCUCGUUGCUUUAGCUGAGGCUGUGCGUUCCCUUUUAUAAUAACCUGUGUUUGUUUUUUUGUUUGUUUGUGUAUGUGUCAGAGAGAAAGAGCCUUUGCAUAUUCUAAUGUUAGCUGUCAUCUUGACACAAUGGUGUGCGUUUUUACAAAUGUACACUUUUUACAGCUUUACCUUGUGUGUGUUUUGUGCCUGUAAUUUACUCUUUAAAGCAGUGGGUUUGAAUGUUUUAGGCUUGCCAAACAUGCUGUAGUCAGACUGCUGAAUAUCAUAUUACAUUCACUGCUGAAAGCAUCAGUUGUUUGUACAAAUGCUUAAUACAAAUUUUUUGUACAGUUUCUCUGGAUUGUAAGCCACAUCAUUCAGGUCUGCUUGUGGUUUUUUCUGCUCAGAGGAACCAUUUGCAACAGGUCGAUCACUGUGGCUGAAAAGAUUAAUAAACAUGUUUACAUAAAAAAAUGUCACAUUUUUUCUGUAAUUAAUGUUUUUUAAAGGCAGUAGUAAUCACUAUUACUAUUACUCAUGCUUAGGUGGGUUACUUCCUGUCUUUGUGCAGUGUACAUUAGAUAUCAUGUGGAUUUUCAAAGCAAUCAUGGGCCUAAUUCACAGAAGUCUUCUUAAGAAAAAAUGUGAGAAAGUUUUUAACAAAUUCUAAGCUAUUUGUGAGGAUGUUCCUAAGUGCAUUUUUUGAAGCAUUUUGCAAGUAUUUUCUUAAGACCAACAUGUUUUUUCACAGUAUUGUAUUACAACAAAUUCAGGACAAAUCUUAACAAUGAAGCUCAUUUUCUUAAUUUUUUUAAUAAUUUUUUUCAGCUUUUGUGUGAAGAACAUUUUUAAAAAUUGAAAGAUUAAAAAAGUUUUUAAAUCUAAAAGUCUUGGUGAAAUGGAAGUAACCCUCUAGAUGUUUUCUUCUGUAUUGUUAUGAUUGCAAAAGAAAUUUGGAAAAUUGGAAAAGAAAAAUAUGUAGGGCAGGGAUUUUGUUGUUUAUUGGAUUACAUUUCCUUCAAAAUGUAUGCAAGCUUGCAGUCGAUUGUGAAGGAGCAUGGUUUAAGUGGACUUUUGGG